AUGGCCGUGCGAGUCGUCAAGAUUGAGUGCGGCAGGUACUCUGCAACGUUGACUGCUCCAGGCCACGGCUUUCCAACAGGGGCGCAGAUCCAGGUCAAGGGGAUCCCGGAGUUGGAAGGGACGUUGAUCGUGGAGUCCAGCAAAAUCAACUCCUUUUCGAUUUGUCGGGACAUUUGUGUGGAGGUAACAAGCGUCGACCAAGCCAGCUCCACUGUUGUCACAGCAAGCCCGCACGGGCUGAGCGCUUUGUCAGAAGGAGUGAGACUGAAAGGCUUUGAUCCUGAUGGCGACACACCAAUUGAUGAUUGGGUCCAUGUAAAGAGUGGCGGCAUCAUCAACGAUUGCACGCUGCAGUUGGAAGCCUGGUGUAAAGAUUGCAAAAAGAUGAUGCCUGCAAUUUUGCCAGGACGCCUGAUCCGGGGCACUGUAAGCUGCAAGCAGUCUCCCGUGGUGCUACCGGAAGCUUGUUGUGGAUGUGGUUGGGCCUCGCUGGUGCAUUGCGUACCAACACCUGAGAAGGCUCGUUUGCAAGAUUGGCAGGCCGCAAUGCAGGCUGCAAAAAGCGUCGGCAAAGUACGGAAGGAGCUACAGCCGGCACAAGCAGUGUUCCCGGACACAUCUUUGCUGCGCGUUGAGCAAUGCGGAUGGGACCAGUGCCACGGAAUUUUCCGGCGCGACGGGCAUUUGCACUUCACCAUGGGUCCCGGAGUCAUGUCUAUCGCCUACAUCGAGGAGCUCGGCUUGUGGUGCAUUUUGGCAGAGGUAAUUCCGUUGCAUCAAUUGGAAGAACAGCGUGCGCUGCUUGGCCUUCCAGAUUGGCAUGGCCCCCAGCUCUUGUAUGUGCGGCGUGAAAAUGUGCUCGGCCGCUGGGAGCCUGUGAUUGGCCCAGCACCGGGGCCUGUGGUAACAGAGCACAGGGAGGUGGGAGUGCUGCAAGCAGCUGGGGCGCAGCCCUCACCGCUGCUGAAUCCGUGUGUCGGCUCAGUGGUUUUGGACCUCUUGUUCAACUACACUUAUGCAGAUUGGCGCGGCGGGAUUGGGGUGCGCAGAUUGUGGGGCAUGAGCGCGCUGGAAACCUUGCUGUUGAUUCUGGAGCUGUGGCGAAAUUUGAAGGCUUGUUCGGCUGCUUGCCAAACAUGGAGCCAAGCGUUGAGGCCAUUCCAGGACUUGACACAGAUGAUCUAUCACGUCUUCUGGAUCCAGAAGAAUCAGCAAGUUCCUGUUCAAUUGCCGUCUGGUCGAGAGGUGGCUGCGGCGAUCCGAUUUGCUGCAGUUUUUUGGAAAGAUGGUCUGAUGAUAACCAAUCAUACUGAUUUUCAGAGUCGCGCUUGGCCUGGUCUCGUCAAGGAAGUUUGUUUGAAAAGCGAGCUGCAGGCAGAUGAAGAUGAUUUCUUGCAAGGGCCGACGGGUGCCCUUCUGAACCAGCAUGCAGCGUUGUUCUCGCAAGUUGCUAGAGACAUGCUUCAUGGCGUAGCUGUGCCUUGGAGAACACUGCCUGAAACCCGUGGCGGGAUCAAAAUGGGAGACGGCCGCAGAUAUUCCAGCUGCGAUUUGUUGGAUUACGUUUCUGACGCGACGGCCUCAGCUUCUUUGGUCAAUGUUUGCACAGACUUGGAGGGCCACAUGGAGCUCUUCUCCCUUGAGGGUACCAAGCUGCUGCCGCGUUCUGCCGACAUCUUAGGCCCUUUGGUGGCGGCAGGGCUGCGGCCAGAAUCAACAACACGGCUUUGGUCUUCCAGCCAGUUGUCGCCCAAGAAACCCGGCGAUCCAUGUGGAUUUCCCCUUUGUGGAAAGUCAGCCUCGCCGUGCCGCGUUUGUAAACAUGACACACAUGGCCGAAAUCGUCUGGGUGCUUCUCAACUGUACUGUGGCUACAAUCUGAAGUUCGAUCUGGGUGGUGCACAGGUCGAUCUAGAAUUCAAGAUCCAAGUGCUCCCCUUCUUUGCCACGUCCAAGGAUGCCUCGCUUGUAGGUGACUUGGACCGACUGGUCCCUUGGCAUAGUGACGAUGAAGACAGUGACUUCGACAGCGAUGACGCUUCCGCGUCUGAGACCAUGGUGCGGCGGCGUCGACUUGUAGGAAAGCAGCCACCCCCAGCUUGCUAUAGAACUUGA